AUGGAAAGGAGCCGUAAAGAAGCGCCGGUGUUGUUGACGAGGCUCGGGUUGCUACUUUUACUGCUCGGAGUUAGCUGUGUGAGCGCGAAGAAAGCCAGGCAACCGCGCUGUCACCACUCGUGUACAUGUACCAAAGAUAACGCUCUGUGUGAGAGUGCGGGGCUGAUACCUCGCAGUUUCCCUCCAGAUGUUAUUUCACUAUCAUUCGUCAAAUCCAAAUUCACAGAAAUCCCGAAGGAAAGCUUUAUUCACACGCCUGCCCUGCACCUCCUGCUCUUCACGGCCAACGAGCUGGAGUCCAUAGACGAGGAUGCCUUCUUCGGCCUGCCACACCUCGAGUAUCUGUUCAUCGAGAACAACCAAAUCAAAUCGAUAUCGCCGUUCGCUUUUCGAGGCCUCAAGACUCUAGUGCACAUGAGCCUGGCCUAUAACAACCUGGAGUCUCUGCCCAAAGACUUGUUCAAAGGUCUGGACGCUCUCACCAAAGUAGAUCUCCGUGGAAACCAGUUCACGUGUGACUGUAAGCUCAAGUGGCUGGUGGAGUGGAUCUACAACACCAACGCCACAGUGGACCAGAUCUACUGCAAAGGACCAGCCUCUCAGGUGGACAAGAAGAUCAACGACCUGCAGCCCCAAUCCUUCGACUGCAUCACCACAGAGUUUGCAUCGUACCAGAGUCUGAAGUUUGAGUCCAUCUCUGUGGAGGCCUUCAGCUUCGGACAGGACCAGUACGUGGUGUUUGCUCAGCCCUUCAUCGGGAAGUGCACCUUCUUAGAGUGGGACCAUGUGGAGAUGGUCUUCAGGAACUACGAUGACAUCAACAGCACCUCCACUGUCAUCUGCAAGCCGCUCAUCAUCGACAACCAGCUCUUCAUCAUCGUGGCUCAGCUGUUCGGCGGUUCUCACAUUUACAAACGUGACACAUCCGCCAACAAGUUCAUCAAACUCCAGGGCAUCGAUAUUCUGAAGAUCCGUAAACCCAACGACGUGGAGACCUUCAAGAUUGACGGGGAAUCCUUCUUCGUGAUCGCUGACAGCUCCAAAGCCGGUUCCACCACCAUCUACAAGUGGAACGGCAAUGGUUUCUACUCUCAUCAGUCCCUCCAUCCUUGGUACAGAGAUACAGAUGUGGAAUUCAUGGAGAUCUCCUCGAAGCCUCACCUCAUAUUGUCCAGUAGCUCCCAAAGACCAGUGAUCUACCAGUGGAACAAAGGGACCAAGCUGUUUGACAGACGUACAGAUAUACCAGAGAUGGAGGAUGUGUACGCGGUGAAACAUUUUAAAGUGAACUCCGACCUCUUCAUCUGCCUGACCAGGUUCAUAGGUGACUCCAAGGUGAUGCGGUGGGAUGGGGCGCUGUUCCGAGAGCUCCAGACAAUGCCAUCCAGAGGGUCCAUGGUGUUCCAGCCCUUCUCUGUGGGCAACUGGCAGUACGCCAUCCUGGGCAGUGACUACUCCUUUACGCAGGUGUACCGCUGGGAUCCAAAGAAGGGAGAGUUUGUUCACUUCCAGGAGCUGAAUAUCCAAGCGCCCCGAGCAUUUCACCCGGUCUCCAUAGACAACAGGCAGUUCCUCCUGGCCUCCAGUUUUAAAGGGAAAACUCAGAUCUACGAGCAUCUGGUGAUCGAUUUGAGCAACUGAAGGAGUGUGAGGAGUGUGAGGACAUGUGACUGGGAGAGGGUUUAACUCGAAAGACUGAAGUCAGUUCAUAUCAGUGCAUGAUCCAUAAUGUCAAUGUUAACAACUGAAAUGGCCACAGAGAUGUUAAAGUGCAUAUGGCAGGUUCAUUGAAGCAGUUCGUCCAGGAGUAAGAUGUUAUCAUGAAAUGUAAUUAAAACAACUGGACUUACUAAACUUUUGCAGCCAACGAGACAGGUUAGACUAAUUCCACUAAAACAUAGUUAAUAUAUUUACUUUGCAAAAAGAAUAUACCUAGUUGUCUGUAGUUAGAAAUUUUUUGUGAAGUUAUAAUUUUACUUCCUGGUUGGACACAGGCAGCAGAUGUGACCAUGGAUCUUUAAUAAGAACUGGAUAAGACACUCCCCCUCUGUCUCUGUGCGAGACUGACUAGUGGUCGCUCCAGGUGCUACAGCUCCCAGGAGCUCCAGCCCAUGUGUUCAGCUGACAGGGCAUCGACAGCUUUUUAGAAUUUUUAAAUCAUAAAAGCCCCGCUCUGAGUCCGCCCUGGCUCCAGUCUAGCAGCCAGCACUCUGAUUGGUCAGAACUACGUGUUUCUCACACACUGGGCGGCGUGAGGCCAGUACUCAGGAAGAAAUGCGGAAGAAAAAACUUUUUAAGCUCUUUGCGCCAUUGAGCACAGGCCACUGACAACAACACACCGCCAUCGUGGGUUCAUCUUCCAGAUCUUAGUUACUUCCGUGGAUGUGACCAAGCCCUGCUUUAACAUGCCCGAUUGUUUAAUGGGCCAAAAAAUCAAAAACAAAAUCCGACCUUAAGGAAAGCUGUAAUUCCCUGUUAUUUUCAGAGGAAUUUUGUGCUGAUAUAGACACAGCACAGAGGCAUUCCUUUUUAGAAAUACAGAAAAACUUGUCAUAUGCACUUUAAAGAGUAACUCACCCACAAGCUCACACCUUCCUCCGACCACGACCAAAGCUUCACAGUCCUGGAAAAGUGGCCCCUGAACAUUAAGACAAACAAGAAGAAGACAAACUGCCUACAGUGUACAGUAUCAUUCCACUAUAAUCCAGACAGGACUGGGACCAGAGCACAAACCAGGUGAGGAGGAGCUAACAUCCUUAAUUUACCUACUCUUUGUCAGCAUACAUCGUGCUAAAGGUGCAUUAUGUAACUUUUCUGGUGGAAGGUCCAUCAAAUGCUUUUCUCUGUGGAGAUGUUACUGCUUUGUCUGGAAUGUUUCACAGUAUGGCAUUAAACCGUUUUAUCUUCAUGGAGCCCAAACCACGCCGAGUUACGUUAGUUAAGGAAAUAAAUGUAAGGUAGAGCUGUUUAAUGUCAUACUGUGGAACAUUUCAGGCAGAGCAAUGAUGAACCCCCAACCAGAGUUACAUAGUGCACUUAUAAUUAUCUAAAAACAUUAUACAGCAAUUCUUUUAGUACACACAAAGUGAAAUGUUGCAAGCACAUAUCUGUUAUUUUGGUGAAGGAUUGAGUAAUGCGCUGUAUAUAAUAUUUAUGUUACGAGAAAGUGUAUUUUAAUUUCCAUUUAACCUAAAAGCCAUAAUCAUUACAAGUGAAAAGUGCUUGUAAUAUUUCACCUCACAGUGUACACUUCAUAUGCAGAAUAUACAGUAAUAUGUCUUUCUACACAACUAUUAUUAUAAAUGGACAUGUUUUGAGGUGAGUUACUCUUUAAAGGUGCGGUAUGCAACUUUUCUGAUGUUAUCAAUUUGUUGAAAUGUUCCACAGUAUGGCAUUAAAAUCAUAAAUCUUCACAGAGACAAGCCAAGUUACUGGUCAGUUCUGUGCACAAUUACAAUAUAUAAACAUACAUGUAUUGAAAAAAAAAAGGAAGAUGGAUCAUUUUAAAGCCAUACUGUGGAACAUAACAUAGAAAAGUUCCAUAAUACGCCUUUCAUUUUCAAAUUGAGCUGGACCAUGCAUGACAUAGGACCAAUAUAGAUUCGAUUAGCAUUGGCCAGUAGUCAUCAUUUAGUCCUGUUUAACCGCUACUGUUGCAAUGACUGAAGAUUUCUACAUUUGUAAUCUCGUAUUUAUGUACCGAGGUUGAGAACAGACUUUUUAACCCCUUUGAGGAGAUCUGCCAAAAUGAGAUGUUUACAUUUUCCUGUCUUAAUCAUGUUUAAAUGAUCUUUUUUGUAAGUUAUAAUGGGACCACGACAAAGGCCAUAUUUGUAGGUCGAAAGAAUGUUAACUUGUAUUUGGAUAUUCUUGGAACUUAAAGGUGCAUUGUGUAACUUUUCAGGCGGAAGGUCUGUUGAAUGCUUUUCAAACUUGAAAUGUUAUUACUUUGUCUGGAAUGUUUCACAGUAUGGCAUUAAACCUUUCUGUCAUUGUGGAGACAAAACCAAACCCCGUUCACAAUCAGAAUGUCUGCUUUUCUAGGUAUUUUUGAGCUAUAAAACCACUUGUAAUUGAAUAAAUACAGUAGAGCUAUUUAAUGUCAUACUGUGGAACAUUCCAGACAGAGCAAAGACAUGCAUAGAAACAAGCAGGUGACAGGACCCUCCACCAGAAAAGUUACACAAUCCAUGUUUAAAUGCUUAUUGUGAAUGGUUUGUAUGUGUAUAAAGUAUUGAACAGUGGUUUUACAAAGAAUGUAUGGACAAACUUCAGAGCACCCUACCAACUAUUUUUAGACACUUCAGAGAAUGUUAUCUUAACUAAC